AUGAAUGACAAGUAUUUAGGAAACAUCCAGAGAAAUGGUACUUAUUCACUAGUUCCUUGGAUAGGUGCAGGAAAGGUCACCUCUGAAAAAUUCACUGGUAUUCAAAGGGUGGACUUAUUCGGAGUUUCAAAAAUCGACUCACCUAAGAUCUGGGAAGAAUUAGGGAGAAUUUGGUUUUGA